UACCACACUCCUGAAGAGUACUUCGAUCUUUGAGGCUUAAUUUAUCGAGAGUCGAAACAGAUGGAAGCCGUUUGAACUCUUUUAUACUUGGAGGUACGUUUUAUACCCAUCGUGCCAAAAUACGAAUCUGACGGAAUCAAAAUAAUGUAAUUAAGGCUAACAGUAACAGGAAAUGUGAAAGAUGUAGGACAUAAGGAGAUUAAUUGGAACAGUAAUGUGGGCGUGAGAGAAUAUGAACGAAGAAGUAACGGAAUGCGCCAGUCUUCCAGAAAGGCCAACGUCUAUCGAGGACUUUGUCUUUCUGAAGCCAAUCAGCCGAGGUGCUUUUGGGAAAGUGUUUCUGGGCCACAAGAAAAACCAAGAGAAGAAGUAUGCCAUCAAAGUGAUGAAGAAAUCUGACAUGGUCAACAAGAACCUGGUCAGUCAAGUGUUAGCAGAACGAGAUGCCUUGGUUCUGUCAAACAGCCCAUUUAUUGUACACUUGUUCUACUCCCUGCAGUCUCAGAACAACGUUUUUCUGAUCAUGGAGUAUCUGAUUGGUGGAGAUGUGAAAAGUUUACUAGCCGUGUACGGGUAUUUUGAUGAGGAUAUGUCCCGAGUUUAUGCUGCAGAAGUCACCCUGGCUCUCCGGUAUCUGCACUCCCACGGAAUUAUCCACAGGGACCUGAAGCCAGACAACAUGCUGAUCACAUGUAAAGGACAUCUAAAGCUGACAGACUUUGGACUCUCCAAGAUCAACUUGGAAGGAGGGAGCAUAUCAUCGGACAGUUUGAAGACCCCACUCCCGUACAGUAAAAUGACAGCCAAUCGGAGAACACCAGGCCAAAUUCUGUCUCUCAAAAGUAACCUGGGAUUUAAUCUUCAGUCCUUGAAUAAACACAAAAUGAGUUCCCUUUUGGAGGAAAGUGAAUCACAGAAGUCAUUUGGCUCAAUCAGAUCUCUCAAUUCUCCUAUUGGUCAGUCAUCAGCCAAGCCGAUGUCGCUCAGGGACAGGGUGGUCAGUCAGGGCACCUUUGCCAGGCUGACCCCACCGGUUAGAAGCCUGACCCCCACCCUUCAGGACUCCCUAAAUUGGAGCCAGUCUAACCCCAGUGAGUCCGGUCCCAUUCAGAUUGAAUCUACACGAUUGUCUAGCAACUACAGUCACCGGCAUUCUCUACCUAUGCUGAAACUCUCUGGCAUUGAAGAAAACAGUAAGGGUUUGUCAAUUUCGUAUGAGGAGAGUGUGUUUGAUUCCUGUCAAAGUAGAGAUCUCUCAGUGUCUGAAAGGAGCUCGUACUCUGUAUUUGACCCCUCUGGUUUGAGACAUCAUGGUUGCCAUGCUGAUGCUAUCAGUGACCAAUGUGGGUCAGGACAUCAUGGUUGUUGUGGUAAGUGCUGUAACAGCCACCUUAAGGUGCCAUCACGACAGGAAAGCUUACUGGAUGAUACGCCGCAAAUGCAUCGGACAGACGAAUCUGUGUGGAAUUCUUAUGCAGCUCGAAACCUUCGCUCAAUGCGUUAUGGAUCUUACUCUGAAGAUAGUGAAGAAGAGAAUGAGGUUCUUGGUCACCAGAGAGAUAGACGGGAGCUACUGAGACAUAAAAACUCCAUCAAAAAAAUAAAAACUCUGGAAAGUAAGAAAAGAGGGAGCAAGAUGAGUAGAGGUGGUUCCUGUAGUUACCACUCAGAUGAAGAGAUCAGCUUCAACACCAACAAUGUGAAAAAGAAUUUGGACAGGAAGCGGAAAUUCUGUUUGUUGGACAGGAGUCCGGCACUAAAACAAAUGUAUCCUCGUAAUUCAGGACUGACACAAAACAUCCAGGUCUUCAGUAUGUUUGGAGAUGAACAUCGGCUCAAACGACAGCAGACAGAGGAUCCUGAGUGUCUCGUUAAGACCGGAGGGCAAAGUGCAACAGGUCAGUUAGUGUAUGGAGUGGAGUACUCUGAUGUACUGGUUCCUCCUCUUGACCAGACUAAGAAUGGUGACCAGACAGGAGAGGAAUCAUUACUAAUGAUGUCUGGCAUUGACCACAUCAACACCAGUGAUCUCAGUGACAACUCACCAGAGGGCAAAGAGAUCAAAUCAAAGGUCAAAGAGGAGAGACCAGGAACAAAAGAUAUACAAGUCCAUUUUCUCUCCCACGUGUCAACAGACAACUUCCCAUCAUGCACUGCUUCAGUGCCAGCCACACCAGAGUCAGAGUCAGGUCAACCAAAGAGGGGUGGAUUUCAGACUCCCAGUACCCCAGUGUCAGGAAGGAAAAUCUUCCACACAGGGACUCCAUUCAUUCUGAAGACGCCUGCUGGUCAGAAUGUAGGGACUCCAGCUGUUCAUCGAACUCCAGUCACCAGGAAGACACCAUUCAGGACUCCACGGAGUGUAAGACGAGGGCGGCCACUGAAUGAAGAUGACGACCGCAUUCUGGGGACGCCUGACUACCUGGCUCCAGAAAUACUGCUCCAGAAAAGUCAUGAUGCAGCAGUAGACUGGUGGGCUUUGGGGGUUUGUCUAUUUGAAUUCCUGACAGGAGUUCCACCGUUUAAUGAUCAGACUCCAGACCUAGUGUUCCAGAACAUCCUCAACAGAGAUAUUCCUUGGCCAGGAGAUGAUGAAGAGCCAUUAUCUGUGGCUGCAAAGUCAGCCAUCGAUACUCUCCUAACAAUGGAGCCUACAGAUCGACCCAGGGACAAAGAGGUGCAGAAGCUGGACUUUUUUGAGGGUGUGGACUGGGAAUGUCUCCUGGAGGUGGAGCCUCCAUUUAUCCCCCAGCCUGAUGAUGAUGAAGACACUACUUACUUUGAAGCUCGAAACUCUCAACAGCAGUUGAUGGUGUCUGGAAUAGAUUUGUGAAUAUCUCUGUAGACUGUAAGCUGGAAAGGACUGGGACUAUCCACAUGGAGUACUAGGGAGAUAAUUCAAGCUGACAGGGGGAGGCUGAAUGUAAUGAUCGUAAAGAAUUGUGUAUUUAUUGAAACCCUAAUCUUGGUUGAGAUUUGGCUCAGCUGAAUAUUUGGACUGACACCUUCACCGAAUCUCGGAGCAGUCCUUCAUAAUUCCUGUCUGGAAAUUUACUUUCAGCUUUGGCCGGUUCUAGCAAUUAAUGUACACUUCCGGGGCACUGCUGUUCACUUCAAAUAAGCUACUUGACUAUUAAAACAAAUCUGUAUCACUAUUAAUGCUGCAUUAGUUACCAUCUCAUGAUGUAAAUUCCAUAAAAUUAACUAUCACUAAUUUUCCAUUCAAAUCAAGACUUCCAUGGUGCAAUAUUUUAUCUCCCGAAAUUGAAUAGUUCCUAAAGUUUGUUUUAUAAAUUAGCAAUGUACAAGUAGGUAUGUGGAGAUACUAUGCAUCAGUAAUUUAAUAUAACAGACCACAGGAACUUUUCAAUUUACGGAGAUGAAAUGUGCCAUGGAAUUCUUCAUUUGAACUGAAAAUUUAGUGACUUUAUAUUUUGGGGUUUUAAUACCUACAUAGUAAGCAAUGCAAAUUAAUAGUGAUAAAAGGUUAGAUUAACAGUCAAAUCAAUUAUUUGAAACAAACAGCUGUGUCACCUAAGUGCACAUUCAUUGGUAGAACUGGCUGAAGCUGAAAGUAAAUUUCCAGACAUGUAUUUCAUAUGAAGGACUGCUCUGAAAUUCGGUGAAGGUGUCAUUCUAAAUAUUCAGCUGAGUCGAAUUUCUACCAAGAUUAUUGAAACCCCUAAACCAGUAUAUGAACUUGAGACGUAAAAAAUUUUGUGGCAGAUGGGUUGUGGUCCGGAGGGAGUGCAUCUUAUAACUAGUAAUGCUGUUUUGUUUGAGAGACUUUAUAAUUUGUAGAUUUUAAUUAUUUUUUGUUGUACACAGUCUAUAUUUAACCAUAGAAAUCUAGUCCUGUGAAAUAUUGAUAUGUUGUGUCACUUUUUAUGGAGAACUAUUCACAAAUCUUGAUACAGUAGAGCUACCAAGAAAAUAUAUAGUGUUUUCUAUUAUCUAUAUCCAGGUGAAAAUUGAACACACAAGAUCAUUAAGGUGGAAAUAUGGUAAAUAUUUGCAAAAUUCACAGGUGGCUUAGGGUAAAAUGUAUUUGUUAAAUGGAAGAUAUUUCUGUUUGUAUUCAGAUAAAGCUAGUAAACAAAAUUAAUUGCAAAUGUAUUUAUUUUUCAGCAUAACUGCUGGAAUUCAAUUUCAAAACUUUUUAUAAAGCAUGUUGAUUAAUAUUUUCACCAAUUCUCAUUUAAAGGACAGACAUGUAAAUGUGACAUCCCAUCUCUGAUCACCUUUUGUCCGGUCUUAGUCUGUCAGUAGACUUUUCUUAUUUUUCACUUCUUCUCAAGAACCAAAUUUGUCACAAAGCAUGCUUGGGUAAAGAGGAUUCAAUUUUGUUCAAAUGAAGAGCCACAUCCUUUGUCAAUGGAAAAUAAUUGAGAAUUGUUCGAAUGUAGGGUCAUGCUCCCUCCAAGAUGGAGAUAAUUGAGAAAAGGCAAAAAUAGGUGGGUUCAUUUACAAAUCUCAAAAAUCCCCACUGGGCCAGAAAAGUUGAAACUAGCACGAACACUUCCUGAAAUAUAUUAGAGUCAAGUUUGUUCAAAUCAUGGUCCCUUGGGAUGGGCCACAAUAGUGGGAUCAAAGUUUUACAUGUGGAUGUGCAGGAAAAAUAUUUAAAAAUCUUUUCAACAAAAACAAUAGGGCCAUAAACAUCCCCUUGUGGUGCAUAUUUAAGUGUGUUUACAAUAUGGUCGAUGGAAUUAGAAUGUGGCCACAACUGGGGAUCAAAGUUUUACAUGGGACAAGAACUUCAGGACCAUGAUUAGUCAUAUUAGUAUGCAAGCAUCUUUAGGUAGUGCAAGUUCAAUAUUGUUUAAUUGUGGCUCUCAGAAGUAGGGUGGUCCUCAAUAAGGGAUUAAAGUUUAACAUGGUAAUAUAUAUAUAGGGGAAAAAUUUCUUCUCAAGAAUAGCAGGGCCAUGGUUAGUCAUGAAUAUGCAAUCAUUUACAAGUAGUUCAAAUUCAAGUUUGUUCACAUCAGGGGGCUCAGGGAUAGGAUGGGGCCAUAAUAGGGGAUCAAAGUCUGAUAUGGGAAUACACAGGAAAUCAAUUGAAAGUAAAUUAUUUUUAAGAACAGCAGGGCCACAUUAAAUCAUAUGCAAAUGCUCCCAAGUUGUUUGGACUCGACAGUUUUUUAUGCAGCUUUUAACCUAUUGACCAUGGAGUUUGACCUACUUUUAAGACAACCUAAUCUAUUCAGUAUCUCCUGAACUAUUUGGGGUAAAGUUUUCAUAUUUUGUAUAUAAUUUUCUUGUGGCAAGACCUUUCAUUUCAUAAUUAACCUUUGAUUCUGUAACCUUGACCUUUUCUAGAACAGCAAGGUUAUGUUAGUCAUAUUGGUAUUGAGGCAUUCCCAUGUGUGAAUUCAGGUUCGGUUAUGUCAAGACCCUUUGGGGCUAAGAUUGGUUUUAAAAAAUCAUGGUAAUGAAGAUUGCAAAAAUAAAUCUAAAACUUUAAAAAAUCACGACAGCUGAACAACAGCAGGGCUAAGGUUACUCAGGUGAGCAAUGUGACCCAUGGGCCUCUUGUAGUAUAAAGUACUAAAUACAACUUUAGUUCUCCUUUUUAUCCUAUAGAAUCCCAACAUACAUUAUAUAUUUCCAUUAGGUGUUUUUUUCUUUCUUUCUUUUUACAUACCCACAAUUUUACCAUCUGCUUUGUACUGUAUCACAAUAAAGAAUUCAUUAUA